ACACCUCUUCAUUACGCUGCUAAGGGUGGUCACAGCGAUGUAGCAGUUCUACUCAUUCAGCAGGGAGCUGAUCCCUGCAGUACAGACUCGGUAGGUAGACCACACGUACAAUGCCUAUGCACUUGUAUGCCACUUCAACAACACUGUCGAGUUUGCAAAGCUUAAACAAUUAACCAUUUUAUUAAUAUUUAUUAUAUUUACACAUGCCUAUAAUAUCUGAAUGACAUGUAGAUUAAGAGAAGAAAUUGACUAUCAUCUUACAGUUGAGUUGGACGCCUUUCUAUUGAGCUGCUUCAGGUAAGGAUAGUCACAGUGGUAGAUUGCAUGGCAUAAACAAUGGAAGCAUUUAAACGGUUUUAUAAUGUAUUUAGAAGCAUUAAAAUUACAUGUGCAUAGAAAAGGGCAAACUCUGACAUCUAGACUUACUGUUCUGUACUCUGACAUAUGUAAAUGUACUGUACUGUCUCGUUUCAUAUUUAAUUUCAUUACAACAUUAAUGUGUUUAUUGUAGGAUGGUUGUCGUCCCAGCGGUAUUUUGAGAUGGGGAAACCAGUGGUUAGCAGCACUUUUAAAGAAAUUCGAGAAAGGACUAGUACAGAACUUCAUCCUCACCAUGUCUUUGGAACAUGUUGCCAGUGCAAUGAAUAUUGUUGAGGCUAAUACUCUUUUCAAAGAAGACAUGAGUCGCCAUUUCCCAAGAGAACGUCAUAACAAGAAGUUAGAAAUGUUGAGGAAUUGGGCAGACGCUUAUGGAAUUAAAUCUCUCCAAGAGUUAAAGAGGAGAUUGGCGGAGGCAGGUUGUCUAAACUUGGCUGCGGCUGCUGCAAAGCACUAUGCUGAGAUCGUCAAAGAGAUUAUGGAAAUGCCCGACGAAUGCUACAAAGCAUUUUGUCAAGAUCCCAUGUCACAACGGCACAUGAUAUCAUCGGCGGCCUCUCCCACAGAACAGAGAUGUGAAAUUAGUAUGGAGACCGAGUCGUACCAAUACGAUGCAUUUCUGGUACAUAGUAGUGAUGACGGAAAGACCGUAGGAGGAGUGUGUGAGCAACUCGAGGCACGUGGUGUCCGUUGUUGUUACGCUCCACGUGACUUCACUUAUGGGAAGCCCAUCCCAGCAUCCACGGAAGACGCAUUUGAAAAAUCCAAAUUCAUCCUGGUGGUAUUUUCUGAAAACUUCAUGAAGAGCUCUUGGUGUCAGUACGAAAUGCACAUGGCGGUACAGAAGACGGUGGAUUCACGUCAGGACGUCGUCAUUCCAAUCCUGUUGGAUUUCCCAGAGGAGAACCUCCCGCUUGGGUUUAAAACCAUGAAAUAUAUUUCAGUUCGACAGCAUGACUUCUUACCCAAACUUGUUCAAACUAUUGAAGGCUCCGGCACCGAGCCUCUUUACGGCCAGCUUCUGGCGGAAAAUCAAAAAUUGAAAGCGGAACUUGAAGACACGCGCCAACGACUGGCAGAUUCCACCACUUUGGUCAAAAGACUUCAGGCGGCAAUGCCAGCGACAGGAGUUCCGAGUUAGAGCAUACGGCUAGAAACGUGGUGCAGAAAACUUCUAUGUGUGGAAUAAUUAUGCUUUAAGUGACCUCAGAUUUCUGUAAUCAAUUUAACCU